AUGACGGACAUCACUCCCGCCCUAAACGAGCUUCUGCGGAAGCACAACACUUCCUCGAGACAGAACAAGUUUACUGUCCAAGAUUUGGAUGGGUUUCUCAAGGAAGCCUACAGGAUUAACUCCCACAUCGCCAGCCUACACAACGAGCUCAAGGAUGUCCGCCAAGCCUACCUCUCGACAGCGCAACCGCGCAGAACAACACACAUCCGCCACCACGGCCAGACCAAGGAGCAACGUUACCUGACGGACCGCGACCGCGAGGAAGUCGACGCCAACGCCAAGCAGAUGCUCCGCGAACUCAACGCCGGCAUCCGGUCGCUCGAGGAAGCCGAGACGCUACGGCGCGAGACGGAGGCGGCCAUCAUCCGCAAGACCUUCGCGCGGGGGCUGGGCGUGCUGGGCGCGUGGGCCGCCGGCGGCGGCGGGAACGCGGGCAAGACGGCGGAACACGCGGCGGCCGAGGGCCGGGCGCGGGACGUGGCAUGCCACCGCAACGGGGUGCUGUGGUACCUGCGGCGGCGGUUGCAGCUCUGCGGGCGCACGCAGCAGGACAUGAUGGAGGCGCGGUUGACGAGGGAGAUGGAGAAGAACCGCAGCGUCCUGGCCAAGGCGGGCGGGGUGGGCGGGGGUGCUGUGCCCGAGUUGACGGGGUUUUACGAGACGAUGCAGGCCGGUGCGGGCGGUGCGGGUCGUGGCGAUGGGCCCAGGUCUCAGUCUCAGUCUCAGCGCUCCAAGCGAUCUUCUGAGUUGCCGCCGGCUACGGAGGAUAGGGAGGGGGGUUAUGAUCUGGCGAGUGACCUGACGGAGGAGCAAAUCCAAAUGUUCGAGAAGGGGAAUCUCGACAUGGUCCAGCACUUUAAUAGCACGUUGGACAAAGUCAGGACCGCAGAAAAGUCGCUGCUCGAAAUCUCCGAGCUGCAGACUCUAUUAGUAGGGAGCCUGGCAACACAGUCGGCACACAUCGAGCAGUUGGUGGCCGACUCGGAAAACACGGCGCAGAACGUAACCAGCGGCAACAAGCAGCUCAAGGAAGCGACGAAACGACCGAGUGCAGCUCGAUACACCUUCUUCGCGUCGGCUGGUCUGUGCACGUUCUUGAUCCUAUGGGACCUCAUAGUGUAG